AUGCGCAUUAAAACAUAUGAAACAACCGGCCGAAAGUUGUUCUUCGUGCGACACGGCGAACGAAUCGACAACAUCAUGCCAGAGUGGAGGGAAACGGCCAGCAGAUGGGACGAUCCGUAUUUGAGCAAUCGUGGCCAUCAACAAGCGCGUGAGGUUGGCGCGUUUCUGGAGAAAAGUGGCACACGAGUCGAUCGUAUUUUCACCUCUCCAUUCACCCGAUGCAUUCAAACAAUGAAUGGCAUUUUAUCGGGUCUUUCCGAUAUCCCCGAGAUUUGCGUGGAGCCAGGCUUAAGCGAAUCGUUGAACGCAUGCGCGAAGCCGCCUGGACGACCGAGUUUACACGAAAUUCUCGCUCUUUGCCCAUUCACGAUCAACACCGAUUAUUCUCCUGUUCUCACCGAGCUUCCCGCAGAAAUCGGUGGCGAUGAGGGUUGUGCGGGACGAGUGCAUCAAACACUUCACUCAAUCAUUCAACGCUUUCCACAGGGCAAUCUCCUCUUCGUCUCGCACGGUUCUCCGACGGCAAGCGCUCAUCAAUCCCUUUUCGGUGAUUGGGGAUACGUUGGACAGUGUACACUUGGAGAAGUCCUCGAGCGUGAUGGGAAAUUCGAGCUACUAAAAUGGGGUGACUCGUCGCAUCUCUCCGACAAAACCAAUCUUCGCGACGUGCAGAGUGGCGAAAACCGGCACCCGAAAGCUAUCAAAGUGACCGCU